GGGCGGGCGCGGCGGCGGCGGGGUGCAAGAUGGCGACCGCCAUGUACCUGGAGCACUACCUAGACAGCAUCGAGAACCUCCCGUGCGAGYUGCAGCGGAACUUCCAGCUGAUGCGGGAGCUCGACCAGCGGACGGAAGAUAAGAAGGCGGAAAUCGACAGCCUGGCAGCGCAGUACAUCGAGUCGGUGAAGAACAUGCCGCCCGAGGAGCGCGUGGAGCACCUGAAGAAAAUUCAGAGCGCCUACAGCAAAUGUAAGGAGUACAGCGACGACAAAGUGCAGCUGGCCAUGCAGACCUACGAGAUGGUAGACAAGCACAUCCGCCGGCUGGACGCAGACCUGGCACGCUUUGAGGCCGAUCUGAAAGAUAAACUGGAAGUCAGUGAUUUUGAAAGCCCUGGAGCACGAAGCCUGAAAAAAGGACGAAGUCAGAAAGACAAAAGAGGCUCUCGGGGUCGGGGCAGACGAGCAUCAGAAGAAGAUACACCAAAGAAAAAGAAACUUAAAGGAGGAUCUGAGUUUUCUGAUACUGUCCUGUCAGUUCAUCCCUCGGAUGUCUUGGACAUGCCAGUGGAUCCCAACGAACCUACCUACUGCUUGUGUCACCAGGUGUCAUAUGGAGAAAUGAUUGGCUGUGACAACCCAGAUUGYCCAAUUGAAUGGUUCCACUUUGCUUGUGUGGACCUCACAACCAAACCAAAGGGAAAAUGGUUUUGUCCACGUUGUGUUCAGGAGAGAAAGAAAAAGAAGUAAGGAGUAUAGGGAAUAUGUGGACUGAGGAGAAUUACACAGCUAUAUCGUCAGUGUGGUCUGUCACUGAAAGAGUGGAGAUCUGGAGCUUAGCAUGGUGGGACAGAAGGACUUUUCUCUAGCUGUUGCCUGCGUGCAAGAAGCAUGCCCUGUUUUUCAGGCGUGACGUCCAAUUGUAGCUCAGCURUGGUACUAUUGAACUGGAGAGCUGGUUUGCUAGUUCCAGAGUCUAUUUCCUCAAAGCCAAAUACAGUGUUUAGUUUUGAGCAGGCAUGGGAGGGGUGUGUGUGAUUCACUAGAGAGAAUCCUCUUUUGAGGAGUCACUUCCAUCUACCUUUGCCCUGCCCUUAGUUGACUCAAUCAUGCCCAAACACAUUAAAUGAACAGAAGCAAGUCAUUUGGGGUUUUUUUUACCUCUUUCCAGAAAAGCUUUUAUUUUUUUUUCUUCUGGAGGGGAAACAUUACAAAUAUUGAAGGAAUUGUCCUGUUGAGCUUCUUAGUGGCAGACAGGGAGAGAAGGAGAAAGAGUGACUGACUGACUGAUGUGUCCUGGCUGUUUGUUCUUUCUCUGGAAAUCUUAAGUUAAUUACUGUGAAGAUGAAACCAAGAGUAUUGCUAUAGAGACAGAGAGUCUAACUAGUUCAUAAGUCUUCAUAUAAAAUGAAGGCCUGUUUUUGUUUUCUGAUACUUGCACCUCCU